UUGGUUUACAUCGAAAUCGGUUGAGAGGACCAAAGAUGUGAUGAACAACCGAUUCUCAGUGUUUGAUCUGACUUUCAUGGAAUGGGAACAAAGGGAAGUCCUCUUACAUGACAAUAAGGUUUACGUUUGCACUCAAAAGAAGAAUACAAAGAAAGAUACAAAAAAGUUUUCACUCAUCUUCAAAAAGGACAGACUCUCUAUAUUUGUAUUAUAUCGAGACAUUGAGAGGAAACAUGUGGAAGAGUUGUUUAAUUGUGUCAAAUCAAUGCUCAAUCUAUUGGCAGAUGGGAUCAUAUCAAAGAAACCAACAGUUAUUUCUCCCAUUUUGAAAGAGAUCGUUGAUUCGAUGAAAGAACACCACAAUUGGACCGCAGCUCAUAUCGCAGCCAAAGUAGGUUUGGAGCAGUUAUUUGUUAAGAAGUCCCCCUAUAUCUUGGCUAACCUUAACGCUCAGAGCAAACCAGACCUCUUCACGCCAUUGCAUUUGGCCAUUGAGACGGGCAGAUUCGGACUCACUGUCCAAAUGAUGACAUUAUCCGACCCAAAGAGGAAGAAGACCACCAAAUAUAGCGGAUCCAUAGUUCACUUCAAAAAGGAAGACAUCGACGACUUGGACAAAGAAGACAUGCAAUUCGGAGGAACACCUUUGCAUUGGGCUAAACAUAGACGAGCGAUGGAACGACUCAUUGGCUUUGGUUUUGAUUUGAAUGUACGAAAUGUUUUGGGAGAAACAGCUCUUCAUAUAAUGGUUAAGAGGAUGCGACUCAAGUGUCUCAUCGGUUUGCUUUGCUUCGGCGCUAAAGUGAAUAAACCCAACAAAUCGGGUGAUUCUCCCCUUCAUAUCGCCGUUAGAGCAGCCGAUGUCACCUCAUCUCAAGCCCUCAUUAUAUUUGACACAAAAUUUGAUGACAAGAAUAACAACGGCGAGACGGCUCGACAUAUCUCGUCUCAAUUAGAGCACUCGGAUCACCAUAUGGUCCUAUAUUUGUUGACUGCCAUCGGAGCAAAACGAUGUAAUCCCAGCACAAAAGGAUGUAAGACUGGAUGUGCUUACAAUGGCAACUAUGAGGGCAAACCAUACCAUCGAUGGCCUAAUAAUGAAAAUGAAAUGCUUUACACAAAAGUAUUACUCGAACCCAUCAUUAAAGAGGCGCUUAAGAGAAAGCAAACCGAUUCCACACAACCGAGUGGUUCCCGACUGUUGUGUUUGGAUGGUGGUGGAGUUCGUGGUCUCAUAACUUUGCAAAUGUUAAUUGAUUUGGAAAAACAACUGAAAGUUCCGAUCGUAGCCUUCUUCGAUUGGGUGGCCGGCACCAGCACUGGCUCUAUAUUAGCACUACUUCUGUGCACUGGGAGAUCACUGACAGAGAUUAGAGCCAUUUAUUUCAGAUUUAAAGAUAAGAUACUGUCGGGUCCGCGUCCUUACAGUUCCAAGAAUUUCGAGACUUUACUUGAAGAAGAGAUCGGUUCCGAACUGCGAAUGUCUGAUGUGAUGACCAAAUACCACAAACAUCUCAUUGUUAACGCCAUUCUCAUCGACAGAAAUCCAGCAAAGCUUCAUAUCUUUAGAAGUUAUGAGUCACCUGAAGAAGUGCUUGGAUUAUCACAAACUAUGCCCGGAUUCAAGACAUAUCCCAACUAUAAGGAACAAAUAGCGUGGAGAGCGUGUCGGGCAUCGGGUGCUGCGCCGACAUAUUUCAGAGCCAGUGGACCCUUUCUGGACGGAGGACUGGCUGCUAAUAACCCAACACUCGAUGCGAUGACAGAAUUCAAACACUAUAACAACGCUCUAAAAGCUGUCGGAAGGACUAAAGAGGCGAAUGAACUCGAUUUAGUCGUCUCGUUUGGCACCGGAAAGUUUGCUAUCACUCCGGCAGAACCGGUGGAUGUGGUCAGACUGUGGUCUUUCAAUGCCAGAGAGUUGUAUAAAAACACAUUAUAUGUGAGACAAUUAGGAAAUCUGUUGAUAAAUCAGGUUUGCGCUACAGAGGGACACAUCAUUGACCGAGCCCAGUCGUGGUGCAGUGGAAUCAAAACGCCAUACUUUCGGGUCAAUCCGUUAUUAUCAGAAGUGAUAGCAUUGGAUGAGACGUCAGACGUGGAGAUCUGUAACGCCUUGUGGGAGACCAAGGCUUAUAUGUAUGCCAUGAGAGAAGAAGUGCAAAAUAUAAUCACUUUAAUGGCACCGAAAGAGCAAAUAAAUUCACGAACACAACCCUCUAAUAAAGACAAAAUGAAUAAGGGCUCCAAAACUGGAUACACUUUAAACAUAUCCCAAAAUGAUAUACAAAUUCUUUCCAAUACUACUCCAACCAAAGGUGGCAACAAAAGUGAUACU